UCCCUCUCUCUCUCUCUCUCUCUCUCUCUCUCUCUCUCCCCUAUCGAAAUGGCCGCUCUAGGCGCCCUCAUCACCGUCAUUUCUCUUUUGUUUUCGACGCUCGUUGACGCCAGAAUCCCGGGCGUUUACACCGGCGGGGCGUGGCAGAACGCCCACGCGACUUUCUAUGGCGGGAACGACGCUUCUGGAACCAUGGGUGGAGCUUGUGGCUAUGGAAAUCUCUACAGCCAGGGCUACGGUGUAGAGACAGCAGCUCUGAGCACUGCUCUCUUCAACGAAGGCCUCAGCUGCGGGGCGUGUUUCGAGAUAAAAUGCGCCGACGACCCGAAAUGGUGCCAUUCCGGCAGCCCGUCGAUCUUCAUCACCGCGACGAACUUCUGCCCUCCCAACUACGCCCUUCCCAGCGACAAUGGCGGGUGGUGCAACCCUCCUCGCCCCCAUUUCGACCUCGCCAUGCCCAUGUUCCUAAAGAUCGCCGAGUACAGGGCCGGAAUUGUGCCGGUGUCAUUCCGCAGGAUUCCAUGCAGGAAACGAGGUGGGAUCCGAUUCACCAUUAACGGCUUCCGUUACUUCAAUCUGGUCCUGGUCACUAACGUUGCCGGCGCCGGAGACAUUAUCCGUGUCAGCGUCAAGGGGUCGAAGACCGGAUGGAUGAGCAUGAGCCGCAACUGGGGCCAGAACUGGCAAUCCAACGCCGUCCUGGUGGGCCAGGCUCUCUCGUUCAGGGUCACCGGCAGCGAUCGCCGCACAUCUACCUCGUGGAACGCGGUCCCAGCCAACUGGCAGUUCGGGCAGACCUUCUCCGGCAAGAAUUUCAGGGUCUGAAAACACGGAAAGGAAGAAAAUCCGGCCCAGGCGAGUCGGGAUUCCCGCCACCCUUUUUUGGCGCCAGGAUUCGGUUGGGGUUGGUUUUGAAUUUUCGUCGCUAGUUACUUUGAAAGAAAAGGAGGGAGCGUUUGAAUGAGGAAUUUUGGUAGGGGUAUAAAGGGAAAAGAAAAAAGUGUGUUUGGUAAUUUGGUAGGGGUAUAAAGGGAAAAAAGGGGUGUGUUUGGUAAUUUGGUAGGGAUAAAAAGGGGAAAAAGGUGUGUGUGUGUGUGAUAUGAGUGGUAUGAUGAAACCUUUUGACUAAGUUAAAAGUGCAAGGGGAGUGUGUAGUAAGUUCAAAAGCAGUUGAAGUGGUUGCAAAAAAUGUAUGUAGCCCGCAGCUGCGUAUCAUAUAUUUAAUAUAUAAGGUGUAUUUUCAUGCUGUUGGGUUGUAUGAUUGAAAUAUAUAUGGGAUACUUUUAAUUGGGUUA